AGGUGUGUAUAAAAUCCCCCAAUUAAGUCAUGCGUUCACAGUCUGUUUGAUAGUAAAGUCGAAAGAAAACAAACUAAUAGAAAUGUCUCGCAGACAUGAUUGGGGAUAUGCCAGUCACAAUGGGCCUGAUACAUGGGCAGAAUUUUUCCCUGCUGCAAAAGGAGAUCAUCAAUCCCCUAUUGAACUCCAUACCAGAUAUAUAAAACAUGACCCUACCCUGAAGCCAUGGACUUCCACCUAUCAUCCUUCAACAUCACUGACAGUGGUCAACGAUGGAACCACGUGUAGAGUGGUAUUUGAUGAUUCUACUGACAAAUCAGUUGUUAAAGAUGGUCCCCUGAAUGGAAGUUACAGACUCCGACAGCUCCAGUUUCACUGGGGUUCCUCUGAUGACCAUGGAUCUGAGCAUGUAAUUGAUGGAUUCAGAUAUGCAGGAGAGAUGCACUUUAUUCAUUGGAAUUCAAAAUACGACAACAUAACAGAAGCAAAGAAGCAUCCCGAUGGUGUGGCCAUAAUAGCCGUGUUUUUAAAGAUUGGGAAAGCCAAACCCCUUUUGAAGUUGGUUCUAGAAGCACUGGAUUGCAUCAAGAACAAGGGAAAGAAGGCUCAUUUUACAGACUUUGAUCCUACAAUUUUGUUUCCUUCCUCUCGGGAUUACUGGACAUAUCAAGGCUCAUUUACAACCCCACCUUGUGAAGAAUGUGUUACUUGGCUGCUCCUGACAGAACCCAUUACUGUCAGCCCAGAGCAGAUGGAAAAAUUCCGGAGUGUUUACUCAACUAUAGAAGGUGAAAUUGAGUGCCAUAUGGUGGACAACUUUCGCCCUCCACAGCCUCUGAAAGGAAGAGAAGUCAGAGCGUCAUUUGAUUAAUCCUGUUAUUUGCAUCCAGUAAACACCUGUAAUGAUGAACAUUGUCACUGUACUUGCAGAACUUGUUCAACCUCAUAUUUAAUCAUGUAAAGAGUUGAUUUUUGCAGGGAUAUUGGCUUCAUUCCCACAUAUUCCAGCCUCCUGAAUAUUACCAUAAGAGUAAAUUUAAUUUGUCCUUUCUUUUAGUUUAAAGUGUUUGUCACUGCUUCAUAAAACCCAAUCCAAGAGCAGUUAUCAACCAUCCUUAAUAACUGUCUGGAAUAUGAACAGAGGCCAAGAAUAGAUUUGAGUACAAUGGAUACAUAAGGACAUUCAAGGUUUAUUUCUUGGUUUAGCUAGAAAUAGACCAACUGUGAGAAAAUAACAGCUAUAUAAAUCUUAGUGAAAUGGUCUAAGCACGUCUGAGAUCUAGACAUUUCUUUAUAUAGCAGAAUAAAAUUAUUUGUAUCCUUA